AUGGCUCAUCGAAGUGGGCAGGAUGACCCGGAGCGAUACCUGUUUGUGGACCGCGCUGUGGUCUACAACCCAGCCACGCAGGCCGACUGGACAGCCAAGAAGGUGGUGUGGAUCCCUUCAGAGCGCCAUGGCUUUGAGGCGGCCAGCAUCAAGGAGGAGCGGGGAGAGGAGGUGGUGGUGGAACUGUCAGAGAACGGCAAGAAGGCCAUGGUCAAUAAGGACGACAUUCAGAAGAUGAACCCGCCCAAGUUCAGUAAGGUGGAAGACAUGGCCGAGCUCACCUGCCUGAACGAGGCCUCAGUGCUGCACAACCUCAAGGACCGCUACUACUCUGGCCUCAUCUACGUGAGUGGUUGUGUUGUUGUACACUGUUAGAAAAAAGGGUCGCAAAAGGGUUCUUCGGCUGUCCCGAUAGGAUCACCCUUUUUGGUUCCAGGUAGAACCCUUCGUGGAACCCAAAAGGGUUCUACCUGGAACCAAAAGGGUUCUCCUAUGGGGCCAGCCGAAUAACCCUUUUAGGUUCUAGAUAGCACCUUUUUUGUAUCGUGUAUCGUUAUUAUACAUCUAUUCACCUAGAAAGCAGAUUUAACCAUAUGCACACAUAGUGGACACAACAGACAUUCCUCAAUAUUUCAAUAUUUUGCUGUUUUUCAGCAACACUGGUGAUUCAUACCUUGAAUGAGACCCAGACCACUGAAUCCCAUGUAUUGGUUUCUUGAGAAUGUUGAGACACGGUUGUUUGAGAUUUUUCAUUCUGUGUCCCUAACCCACUCCUUGCCAAACACCCCUCACCUACCCCACACACACUGACACAGGCACUGAUGGAGCGGAAAAGCAAAUAUGUUUUAUACAUUACUCCUUCAAACUCCCUGUGUCUGUCUGCUCUGCACACAUCAAAUCAUAAAGGCAGCGGAUAUAAAAUAUCCCCUGACCUGGCUCACCUACAGAACCUAACCUCUGGGGAACUCUGAGGAAACAGGGUCCGUGUCCGAAUACCCAUAUUAGCGUACUACAUACUUAAACUGCAUACUAAUUUUGAUGUUUGAUCUAGUAGAAUUCACUUGUCUCUUCCGACUCAUGUGUCUGACAACAGCUGAUAAUCAGAUACAUUUACUCGCUGUACCAUAAUGAACGAAUGGCGGGAGUCAACUCAAUCACAUAUUAGAUUACUCAUUUAGAGUACUAUUUUUCGAAAUUUCACAUACUAUAACACUUUAUUUUUUCACAUACUAUUUACUACGCUAGUAUGGGUGUUCGGAUAUGAACACUGUCUUGUGGCUUGAUUGAAGUUAGAAAACACACAAAGACUGAUCAUACUCUGUAACCAUUUCCAGAUAGUUCAGACCGACGGCAAGUUCUCUCUCUGUCUAGAUUACCUGCCAUCUUCUUUACUUUCACCUUUAUAAGUGACAUUUCUUCCAUAAACACUGGCGGUUCAGUUUGUUUGUACGACCCCAUUCCUCGUGGUUGCCCUGUUUGAUCUUUGAGCUGUCUGUGGGGCUCUCUCAUCUCAAUGGGGGUCCCUGGGUGUUAAAGCAAACACAUUUGGCCCUGUGUGUGGACUGUGGAGUCCCAGGGCAGGGUGGCAGACUGAGAGACCCCUCACUGCUGCUGCUGUGCUCUAUGGCCCAGACUGGCUGCAUUAGGUCUGGUUAAUCUUUAUGGUCGUGAGCCUUUGUCCUCUCACACAUGAGCUGUCUGGAGAAAAUAGUUCCUACAAUCCCAGAAUUCCAUUAGAUGAUAGUGUCAGUGAUGUAUAUGAUGUCCACGCUUUUAGGGAGUUUUUAAAGCUACCCCUUGCUGUUGGUAACCACGUCAAAGUUUUCCAUUCUGUAGUCCUUCAACUUUUCUUAUCUAAGCACACAUCUGAGUUUGCAUUGGUUUAAAUUGGGUGCUUUCACUGUGUGUUGAAUAAUCUGAAGCUAUGUUUCAGUGCAGAUGGGUCUGGUUAAUGAUGUCCUAUAUACAGUGUAUCGUCAUGAUCUUGACCCAUUUAGUGACAUGCAUUCCAGGAAUAGAAUGUGGAUUGGUUAUCACCUGAGACACGGUGAUGGGGAUUCUGGAGGAACUGCAGUCUUUUUGAUUUAUCUUCUUUACCAGGCUUGAUGACAAAUUCCACUAGAUAGUAGCUUGAUGUUUCUCCAUGUUUCUUGAAGGCUCUCUUUGUCUGUGUGUUGCUGAAUAAUGGCCGUAGUGGAAAUGCAACUAUACUGAACAAAAUAUAAAUGCAACAAUUUCAAAGAUUUUACUGAGUUACAGUUCAUAUAAGGAACUCCGUCAAUUGAAAUAAAUUCAUUAGGCCCUAAUCUAUGCAUUUCACAUGACUGGGAAUACAGAUAUGCAUCUGUUGGUUACAGAUACCUUUAAAAAAAAAAGUAGGAGGGUGGAUCAGAAAACCAGUCAGUAUCGGAUGUGACCACCAUUUGCCUCAUGCAGCGCGACACAUCUCCUUCACAUAGAUUUGAUCAGGCUGUUGAUUGUGGCCUGUGGAAUGUUGUCCAACUCCUCUUCAAUGGCUGUGCAAAGUUGCUGGAUAUUGGCGGGAACUAGAACACGCUGUCGUACACGUCGAUUCAGAGCAUCUCAAACAUGCCCAAUGGGUGACCUGUCUGGUGAGUAUGCAGGCCAUGGAAGAACUGGGACAUUUUCAGCUUCCAGGAAUUGUGUACAGAUCCUUAUGACAUGGGGCCGUGCAUUAUCAUGCUGAAACAUGAGGUGAUGGCGGCAGAUGAAUGGCACGAUAAUUGGCCUCAGGAUCUUGUCACGGUAUCUCUGUGCAUUCAAAUUGCCAUCAAUAAAAUUCAUUGUGUUCGUUGUCUGUAGCUUAUGCCUGCCCAUACCAUAACCCCACCACCACCAUGGGGCACUCUGUUCACAACGUUGACAUCAGCAAACCGCUCGCCAUAUGCCAUGUACAGUUGAAACCGGUUUGUGCAGAAAUUCUUCGGUUGUGCAAACCCACAGUUUCAUCAGCUGUCUGGGUGGCUGGUCUCAGCUGAUCCCGCAGGUGAAGAAGUCAGAUGUGGAGGUCCUGGGCUGGUGUGGUUACACGUGGUCUCCGGUUGUGAGGCCAUUUGGACGUACUGCCAAAUUCUCUAAAAUGACGUUGGAGGCGGCUUAUGGUAGAGGAAUUAAAAUAAAAUUAUCUGGCAACAGCUCUGGUGGACAUUCCUGCAGUUAGCGUGCCAAUUGCAUGCUCCCUCAAAACUUGAGACAUCUGUGGCAUUGUGUUGUGUGACAAAACUGCACAUUUUAGAGUGGCCUUUUAUUGUUCCCAUCACAAGGUGCACCUGUGUAAUGAUCAUGCUGUUUAAUCAGCUUCUUGAUAUGCCACACCUGUCAGGUGGAUGGAUUAUCUUGACAAAUGAGAAAUGCUCACUAACAGGGAUGUAAACAAACGUGUGCACAAAAUUUGAGAGGAACAAGGUUUUUGUGCGUAUGGAACAUUUCUGGGAUCUUUUUAUGUCAGCUCAUGGAACAUUGGAACCAACACUGUACAUGUUGCGCUUAUAUUUUUGUUCAGUGUACAUACAGUAGAUGGAAGGAAGGGUUAGGUUGUGAGUGCGUGGUCAAGGUUCACGUUUGUUAUCUCAGAACACGAGCAAAGGUUUUCAAACUGAAAUGGUAAGGAAGUGUCUGAUCUGAUAUUUUCAGACAGAUAACUGACCAUCAUGUUUAGAAAACUUUCCCCCCAGGAGUUGCUAAAUGGUUCCUUUGGUUUUAUGAUUCUGCUGUUUAAUUUGACUAGUUUGGUGUUUUCAUGGUUCAAAAGUGUUUUUUAUCAUGUUUUAUUUUUCACUCUUGUAAUAAAUGAAGAACAUGCUAUUGUCAGUGGGAGAGUGCCCCAGCCCAAGAGGUGACCUCCCCCCACAGUGGGGCCUAACCCAUCCCUAGCUGAGCUGUAUGCUGCUGCCCCAGGCUUUGUGUGUCUGAGCUGGGGUUGGCGUGCAGAGGGAGCCCCCUGGGUAAUGUGGCUCUGUGCGGUGUGUCAGUCCCUCAGUGAGGCCCCAGUACAGCACGGUGGCGUAGCCUGUGGCUCCCUGCCCAUCUGACGGAUCCAUGUGAAGUCAGUGAGUAACAGGCUAUCCGGAACGCUAGCUAGCGACGCUACAACCAGGCCUUUGUGUCAGCAUAUAAGCCCCAGCUGUCAGAAAGCCUCAGCAUUCUUUCAUGUAAAAAAGCGUCCUGUCUGUCUCCUGCCCACUUCAUUGCCAUGUGUCAGACUGUCCUGUCUCCUUUCCCACACUCACUCUCUAACUUACGAUUUCUCUAUUUUCUCUGUCCUAAUGCUCUGCCCAAUGCCCACAGCCUUGUUCCUGCCCUUCUUUAGGUGUUUCAAAUGUUUGAGUAUUCAAACAUUUUAUAAAUGUAAUGCAGUCCUGGCUGUGCUUCUGUACUUGUGGAGGUCAGCUGCCUCUUGGUUGACAGGAUGUAGGUGGUAUCACUAAUGGAAACCCCCCACUUAUUAGCUCUCUUGUCAUUCUUGUUUGGCAGAUAUGUUUCUUUAUUGAGGUUAGAGAACAAGCUUUCACUCGCUAUGUGCAUGCAUAAAAGGUACAUUACCUCGCUCUCUCUCAAGAGUGGCAUUGUGUUCAGGCCUCCCACAUACUCAUAUCUUGAGUGCUUUGUUGUUGUCAUGGCAUUGCCAUUGCUCCAUGGAGAACUCUUUUCUCUUUUGCAUGCAAACAACUCAGGUGUUACCGUAAACUUGGCGCACACACACACACACACACACACACACACACACACCAUGGAUAACAAACCAGCGCCAGGAUUUUCAUGGAUCAUCAUGCAGUUAUCAGUGAUUGUUUUUUAAUUAAAUUAUCCAGAGAAAGUGAACAACAGUUUCUUUAUUUGAUAAAAAAAGGUCUGAGUUCGCAGCUUUGUGUUUAAGCUGGUGGUUGAGGUUAAGGUCAUGAGUUAAAAGCUAUGUAACGUUAGUGCCUUGCAUUUACAGUAUAUGCCAAAAUUCCACUUAAGGCAUAGCUAUCUUUCUCUCAAGUUCACCAGGUAUUAUUCACAUGAUUAUGCUAAAAGCCCAUUGCAUUAUAAAAUCAAGAUAGUUGAACACCCUGCUAUUGACUUGACACUCUUUUAGAUUCAUUAGCUCUGCGCAAGGAGUAUUGAUCAUAUUUCAAAGCAUACUUUGAAGAGUUAUUAGCUUUGUUAUGAAUAUGCACUGUCAAGGGAAUGGUCAAGGUCUUUCUCCACAGAUCAAUGGACUAGGCCGUCCUCACCUUGCUACAGUAGGGGUGCUAUAGAUUCCAAAUGGCAGAUGCAGGCGACUGUUAUGUCUGCUGUUGCCUGUGUGUUUCUCAGCUGUUACUAAGCCACUGCAUCCCUCCCCGGAUCCGAUUUCACAGUGAAAAUAUCCCCUUCCCUGGUGCAUGGAGAGCAGGCUAACCUGACCCACUCCCUCCAGCAGCAGGCCUGGCCUACUACUCUGUCCACAGCUGAAGAGGCUGCAGCCUCCAACCACCCUGGGAGGGAAGGGGAGAGUGAAUCAGAUGUUGGUGAGCGGGAGAAAGAGAGGCCUCCUGAGUAG